AUGCCUGAGAAAACUGUAGUCGUCAUUGGUGCCGGGGUAGCUGGGCUCACAACCGCGCUGCUGCUGUCCAAGUGCCCAGGCUAUAAAAUCAUUGUCGCCGCAAAGCACAUGCCCGGAGACUACGACAUCGAGUACGCCUCACCAUGGGCUGGAGCCAACUACAUGCCUGUCUCGAUUCGCGGGACAGAAGCUGCGGAAUGGGAGAAAGCGACAUGGGCACCGCUCGAAGACCUCGCGAGGAACCAUCCUGAAGCGGAAUGUGAGAUUCAUCGUCGCGAAAAAGAUGCCGGCUCGGCAACGGCGGAUUGGUUUGCUGAGCUCCUAUCCCCAGAGCCUUGGUUCAAAGACACUGUGCCAAAUUUCCGUCCGCUUCCAAAGUCAUCGCUCGGCCCCGGUGUCGAUGCAGGAACGGUCUUCACGUCGGUCUGCAUAAACACGGCGAUAUAUCUACCAUGGCUCGUGUCUCAGUGUCUUAAGAAUGGUGUUACUUUCAAGCGCGCUGUGUUUAGUCACAUCUUGGAAGCCGCGGGGCCGAGCGUCUGCCCCGGGAAGGUCGAUUUCGUCGUCAACUGCACUGGUCUCAUGGCAUCGAAGCUCGGCGGCGUGAAAGACAAGACUGUCAUUGCGGCUCGUGGCCAGAUUGUGGUGGUACGCAACGAGGCUGGAAAGAUGGUCGAUGUUUCGGGAACCGACGACGGCGAUGGCGAGGCAUGCUAUGUGAUGACAAGGGCGGCUGGCGGAGGGACCAUCCUAGGCGGUUGCUAUCAGAAAGGAAACUGGGACCCCCAGGUAGAUCCAAACCUCGCUAUCAGGAUCAUGAAGCGGGCUGUGGAGCUGUGUCCUGCGCUCACCGGCGGCCAGGGAAUCGAGCACCUGGACAUUGUCCGACAUGGCGUUGGGCUACGACCAGUGAGAGAAGGUGGGGUGAGGAUUGAAAGGGAGCGAGUAGGCGAUCUAUGGCUGGUUCAUAACUACGGCGCCGGUGGUGCCGGAUACCAAUCGUCGUACGGAUGCGCGCAAGCUGCCAUAAGACUCAUCCAAGACGCCGCGGGACCACAGUCCAGAUUGUAA